AGAUUAAAACAGAUUACACAUCUCAUUCUUGAGGAAAUCAGACACACGCACACACACGCAGUGUUUUGGACUAUGGCUUCCACCACGUCCAGUGACGUUCUGCCCACAGGCUGCAGGAUCUUCACCUCCAUUCCUGACGUCUGCUUCAUCCCAGAGUUUGUGUUUGGAGGUCUGGUGUGGAUCCUGGUGGCUUCGACCCGCGUGUCGCCCGACAACCCUCUGGGCUGGGUGAUGUUCGUGUCCGUCUUCUGCUUCGUCUUCACCACGCUCUGGUUCUUCAUCUUCAUCUGCGGAGCCAAUCAGAGCAGCGUCUGGCCCUCAUUGGAUGUGGGUUAUCAUUUUGUGGCUGUGGUUUUCUACCUCAGUGCGUCGGUGGAUUUGGCGUACAUCACCAUUUUGAGAGCGCCUCUGGUGAAUCUGCCACCUGCUGAUGAAAACCUCAAACUCUACCGACUGGAUAUUGCUGCAGUGGUGAUGUCCUAUGUGGCCACGCUUCUCUACUUCCUUCACGCCAUUUUCUCCGCCAUCCGAUGGAAGAGGUCCUAAAACAAACAACAACGACUCGACCACAAAACCAAGAACAGGAAGAACCAGAUAACUGAGCUGAGCUGUCACUGGACUAAACAUUGAAUUAUGUAGUUUUCAUUUUAUUCUUUUUUAUUUUAUCAUGAUGCUUUUGAACCGAUGUGGCAAAACAUUAAGUGAAUGACUGAGAGGAAAACAAGCAGGACUGUGAAUGUUACUUUUUCAUUGGUCUGAUCAGCGACGUCGGCCUCUCCAUUAAUAACAGUAGUAAUAAUAUAAUAAUAAGAAUGGCACCUGGUGGUGCAUGUGAGGCCCAAUCAGUCAAUCAAUCAGUCAAUCAAUCAGUCAAUCAAUCAAUCAAUCAAUUAAUC